AUGCAUUUGACAACCAUUGUCGCCUCGGCGUUGUUGCUCUUGGCCGAGGCCGACAUUAUUGCCGCCAAAGCCAUUGUGCAUCUGCCCAACGCGAUCAGAAGGAGAAAUGCCUGGGACCAAGGUAUGGAGAGAGAGGCCGAUAGGAUUCUCCGACGAGAGCCGCAGUCCUCCACCGGCUCCCUUUCCGUGGCGGCACCGACGGGCGCAUUGAACGAGACAAUUGCAACCGCUUGCGUCAAUAGUCUCAAAUCACUCAGUUCGGUCGAGAAUGCCGCCGGCCUCGCCGCAUGCUACAACAUCAUGCAAUACGACAGCAAGCAAGGGGCCUUCGAGGCCGAUCUCCGACUCUACCAGAUGUUCCAGCCGACGGGCAACUUCGAGAACGUGCCCAUCAACGACAUCAUGAUCAGCUUGACAUACCCCACUAGCACCACGUUCCAGUCGCUAACCAAGCGGAGGAAGCGAGAUGUGGAGGCCCGACAAAGCAGCAUGGUCGAGGUGCAGCAGUACACCCUCUUUGGCACGAUUGAGAAGAACUUGAACCUCGCCAUGCUGAACGACACGCAAAUCAUGUCGCUGAUGCUGCCGGAUAUCAAGCUGAACGCAGCGACCAACUCUCAGACGCCCAUCAUGGCCAACGUCAGCGCCGCCGACGGAGCUUGGUUCGUGGUGGGAUCAUUCAAGGACGAGUUCAAGAACGCCCUCGUCAGCUCGUCGGUCGCCGCCGCCGCCAUCACCGCGGCGGUGCCUUUUGUCCUGCCCGGCACGAGCCUGGGCAUUUUCCCCACGGGGUUGAUCGUCACCUGCUCGUGGACAUUCUUGUUCCUCCUGGCGUACGGACUGGGCACCAUUGGCCGGAUCCAAUAUAGAAGUGUGUAUAGAAAGCGAAAGGCGGCUCAGGCCGGGCGCACUGGCAAGAGGAUAUAG